CCCAUGCCUUUCUCUUACGCCUGCCUCCUUCAAAGAGGGAAAGCCUUCCCUAAACGCAUCGAUCAACCAAGGGAAUCAGAAAAGGGUUCGAAGCCCUCGGCCGUUAGCCAUGGCCCCCGGAAUCUGCUGCGCGAGGUGGGCCGCCCAAUCUCUAGCCCGCCGGAUCGCUGGGUCCCUGCUGCCAUGCCGAUCUUUUGGCGCCGCCGCCGUCGCGGUGGAGGAGAUGGAGUACGGGAGCGAGUGGGAGGAGGAGUACAGGCGCGGCCGGUGGGCAGCAAAGGACGAGUGGGGGGAGAUGGAUGGGAGGAGCGUGCAGUGGGUGUUCAUGGGGAGCCCCGGGGCGCAGAAGCGCGUGUACGCCACGCGCGUCGCCGAGCUCCUCGAGGUGCCCUACAUCUCUAUGGGCACCCUCGUUCGCCAGGAGCUCAACCCCCGCUCCACCCUCUACAAGAAGAUUGCGAAAGCUGUAAAUGAAGGAAAGCUUGUUCCGGAGGAUAUCAUAUUUGGGCUGUUGUCUAGAAGGCUGGAGGAAGGAUAUCAGAGAGGUGAAGUGGGAUUCAUUCUCGAUGGGAUCCCACGAACUCCAAUUCAAGCUGAAAUCCUUGACGAGAUAACAAAUAUUGACCUUGUUGUGAAUUUCAAAUGUGUGGAAGACUGUUUAGUGAAGAAACACUUUGGAAGUGAGAUUUGUUCACAUUGUGGGAAGUCUUUUGAUGCUGGCAAUUCAGAAUCAACUAGCGUUAAUCUGUGCUUGUCAACUCAUACAAGGCAUGCUUUUUCGGGCACUUCUCCUACAAUAGAUGUGGAGGAUGCCCGUAUGGAAAAAUUUCGUUUCUAUGCCGAGCAGAGCAAGCUGUUGGAAGAGUACUAUAGGAAGAAGAAGAAACUUCUAGACUUUCAAGUGUCUGGUGGCCCCGGAGAAACCUGGCAAGGGCUUUUAGCUACAUUACACCUCCAGCACAUCGAUGCUGCCAGCUCUUCACAGAAACUUACAGUAUGAUUCAGGUACAGGGCUACCAGCAUGUUAGCUUUCUACUUCAUUUUGUACUAGUUGGAAAACCCCAAGGUUCCUAAACUGGCUCUGGCCUCCAGCAAAUAAUGCUGUUUUGGAGACUUCAAAUGAGUCCUCGAGUUCCCUUCGUUAUAUCAUGCAAGUGAUUUUGCUGUGUUUGUAAUGAAGAACCCUGAUGAUAGGGGCAAUAGUGAGCACCAUCUUUCUCUUUUAUUCAUCAUUUACCUCCUUAACAUC